UUGGAUCAUUUCACACAAAGAAUGGAAGUUGUAUGUAAUAUGGGUAUAAUAUGACAACUCAGUCAUUUGUACUGCGAAUGGGCGCCACUGUAUUCUGUCGCAUGCAAGAAAGACAUCACGUAUUUUUGUCCUGUAAUUUGAAAAGAUCCCUGUAGUUUCCAGAUCCUUCGAGGAGCUGUACGUUUGGGACAGGGUUUUUUUUUUGGCUGGCACUGAAAAACGUGGCGUUCUCCUAUUUCUGUGCGUUUUACAAACUCAUAGGGGGGAGGGUCGAAGUCGCAGGCUGGAGCUGCUCGUUCAGCAGCGUUUUAAAGUGAUAUACAGGGAAAUAAUUACGAUUAUAGAUUUAUUAUUACUGUUGUUAUUCGCUGGGUAAGGCAGUGGAUUGAUCACACCCUUGGCCGACCGCCCCUCCCCGAAAGGGCGUCCGUCGGUGCGCCAUGUUGGAUUGUGUGGGUGUCACAGCGAGGAGUGUGCGGAGUAUCAGGGAGACGUGCGGGAAGCUCGGCCGGCGGCAUCGGCUUGCGACACGCUGCUCUUACUUUAACACCUGAAGCCCCUAAAACAAGAUCCGCACCUUCAAGUUCACCCACGUUAUUUUCUGUAGUUGCAUUGCAAGCUAAAGCCAAAAGUUAUGGCUCGUAUUUCAGCAGUGAGGAGUGCCCCCGCCUCGAGUGGAGAGCACUGGUAAUGGAGGAAUUUGCCAUAUCCCUGCACUUUUCUGUGUGGAAAUGUUCUUGACAAGCCCCAGCCAGGACAACCCCUGAAUAUAGCUAUAAAGCAUUUGGAAGAACGAAGGGGAUUUUAAACAAGAGACUUCUGACCACAACAUUGUAAUAUAAACGCUCUCCCCCCCCCCCCUUCUCGAAACAAACCCUUGAGACGCCUGACUUUCUACCUUGAGAGCAUUGCUGGUAACUGCAACCAUGCCGAGCUCAACUAUACGGAGGCAGAUGAAGAAUGUGGUGAACAACUACACGGACGCGGAGAAGAAGGUGCGUGAGGCCACCUCCAACGACCCGUGGGGCCCAUCCAGCUCGCUGAUGUCGGAGAUCGCCGACCUCACCUACAACGUGGUGGCCUUCUCCGAGAUCAUGACCAUGAUCUGGAGGCGCCUCAAUGACCACGGCAAGAACUGGCGGCAUGUCUACAAGGCGCUGACGCUACUGGACUACCUGGUGAAGACCGGCUCAGAGCGCGUGGGCCUGCAGUGCCGCGAGAACAUCUUCGCCAUCCAGACGCUCAAGGACUUCCAGUAUGUGGACCGCGAUGGCAAGGACCAGGGCAUCAACGUGCGCGAGAAGUCCAAGCAGCUGGUGGUGUUACUCAAGGAUGACGAGCGGCUCAAGGGCGAGCGUUCGCAGGCGCUGAAGACCAAGGAGCGCAUGGCGCAGGUGGCCACCAGCGUGGGGAGCGGCCCGUCCGGAUUCGGCCGCGGCUCCAGUCAGCCCAACCUGUCUACCAGUUACUCGGAGGAGUACGGCCGCUCAGAGGGCUCGCCCGCCUCCUACCAUGGCUCCACGUCCCCCAACGCGUCCUCGGAGCUGGAGCAGGCGCGUCCGCAGACGAGCGGCGAGGAGGAGCUGCAGCUGCAGCUGGCACUGGCCAUGAGCCGCGAGGCCGCCGAGCAGGAGGAGAGGAUGAGGCGUGGCGAUGACCUCCGGCUCCAGAUGGCGCUAGAGGAGAGCCGCAAGGACUCAACCACGACUAAAGUGGUGAAGAAGCCCCCCAAGUCAUCCCUGAUGGAUUUAAUGGACAUCGUGCCUGCAGCCUCUGCCCCAGUUCCCGUGUCGGAUCCCUGGGCGGGCCCAAGUGCAACAGCCGCGGUGCCGGUGGACCCAUGGCAGCCUUACGCCGCUGCCUCCAAGCCAGCCAUCCCCGCGGACCCCUGGGUUUUGUCCUCGUCCCCCCCCUCGACCACUCCUCCGAGGAGCAUCGACCCCUGGGUGGGGCCGGGGGCUCCCGUUGCAGCUGCCGCCACCGCAGCCUCAGACCCCUGGGCUCCUGUGCCUGCCAGCCGACCCAAGGCCUCCUCAGGUACCUUCGACCCCUUCCACACGCUGAAUGGUACAUCCAAGGAGGACCUCUCCGAUUUCGACAGCCUGCGCUCCUCUUCCUCCAUGACAGGUGAAUCUCGAAGCCCAACCCACGCAUCGCGGCCCAUGGCUUCUGUCAGUCCCGAUCUGUUUGAUCCGCUGCCGGCCGCCACCGCUGCCUCUAGGAAGACCCCCGAAUCCUUCCUGGGCCCCAAUGCCGCCCUGGUGAACCUGGACUCGCUGAUCAGCAAGCCUCCACAGCUGGCAUCAGUCUCCAACCCCUUCCUCGCCGUUGGGUCGGCUCCUCCCCCUCCGGUGCAAGUCAACCCCUUCCAGAUGAACCAACCCCAGCCACCCACCCUCAACCAGAUGAGAGUGAAUCCCAUGAUGGGCCCCGGGGCCCCGGCUUUUGGUGGCCUGCCCCAGAUGACCUCCGACCCACUGUCCCUGGCCUCCAUGCCUCCCGGGGGCCCUGUGGCUGUGGUCCCCGUGACGGGCAUGGCCGCAAUGGCGCCCAUGGGCCGCGUCCUUCCUGUCGGCGCCGUGGGGGUCCAGCCUUCCAUGGCCGUGCCGCAGCCGCUGCUGAGCACAGGGUUGCCGCCUUCAGGGGGCGCCCAGGCCGGCACGACCACCAACCCCUUCCUGUUGUGAGGAGCUGCCCCCUCUGCCCCCUGCCCCUGUCCACCUCAGAGACACGGACGAUACAGUCCUUCGUGUGUUCAGGCAGGUGUGCUGUUUUAAUGCUGUUCGGAGUAGCAGUGGCAUUCAGUUCUUACCUAGCAGAAGGUGCUUUUCACCCUCGGAGGUAGGUACCCAGCUGAGAUUGGCGUGCUUCACCUGAAAUAACUCCUCUGCCGUGCGUCGUGAGUCUGAUAUCCUGUCACCCUUAAAGUCUGCCGCAGCUCCCUGGCAAGACCGUAUAGUAUUUUCAGGGGGUAACGAGCGUGCAAAAUCUUUCGAUCGCUUUUAUCAAAAAAAAAGUAAUUCUGCUCCAUUUUUAUUUUUAGCCUAAUAAAGUAAUGUAUGCUAAUGCUAACCCUUUUUUUUUUUUUUUUUUACUGAAGUAACUUAAAUGUUCUACAUCGGUGCAUAUGCAGAGUGUGUGUUCACAGUACACAUCGGUAGACACAAGCUAGAGAAACCCAGUCAGUUUACGUCAUUCUUCGGAUGCUCUGAGCAGGGGUUUUGCACAUGCUAUAGUUACUUUUGUAAUGUUUCCCCCCCCCGACUGUUGGUUCACCAUUAGUCCUUAGCUCAAGAAGCCAGCCAGUGCCGUGGCAGGGAGGGGGGGGCGACGGCAGCGGUGGUCACCUAGGCGACGCACGUCCACCUUCCUGCUUAGGACACUGAGGUCUGGAGUCGCUGCACGUGGUCUUCGCACGCGGGAUAACGAACUCUUACCGUGUAAUUGAACCUUUUGGAAGCAUCAUGCAGAAGCUGCCUUUUUGUUCUCGUCUUUAAUAAAACCGCAGCGUGUAUGUGUAGGAUGUCUUCCAUCCAUACAAUCUGGACAUUUGUUAAUGGGUUUAAUGGUCGUUUAAAUUCAUUAAGUGUCCAGCUCGCUCUGCAAGGUUUUCCAAAUGACUGUUUUUACAUAGACCUGACUGAUCCUCGGGUUUAGAGUUAGGCCUUUCGAUCUCUCUCUCUCCCUCUCUCUAUCUUUCUCUCUAGUUGUGCUGUUACAAAAGAAUGUUCCAGUAAUCUGUUAAUUAAUAUUUCUAAAUGGGUUGUUUGUGUAUUUGUGUUCUUUUUUUGUUUUUUUUAAAUACGUGGAGGGGUGUGGAUAGGAGUUGGGGGAAUGGGGGUGUGGGGGCCUGAGCCUGCCCCUCCAUCAGCCGUCUGGCGGUUGGUCAGCUUUCCCAGCAUGCCCAGGGUGUGUCUGUCUCUGUUACCCUUUUCAUGCAGCCGCAUGUGUAAUUUUUAGCCCACGUACAUCAGCCCCCGGCCCCCACAGAAAUCAGACCUGCCGAAAACAGAUGUAUUAUCUUUUAUAAGUUUUUAACUCCUAUAGAUUUAAAAUAUACAUUAUCACAGGUGUACAGAAAUGAGUAUUCAGUCAGUAUGUACAGAAACUGGGAGGGUGGGGGAGGGGGGUUAUCUUGAUCAAAUGUGAAGGGGAAGGGUCAACCCCCGCCCCCCCCAGUUAAGUGGUUUUGACGUUAAUUCAUGCUGAAUGUCGAAGUAUGUGGGUUUUUUGUAAUACCCCCCCCCAACCACAAAGGGACUUGCCCAGUCGACAGCAGUUGGCUCCGUUUGACAUGUGAUCAACCGGUUUUGUUUUUACAGGUCGUUUAUUUUAGUCUGGCGGGUUUGUGAUAAAGGCGUCUUAGCAAGAAAAUGGGGGAUUCCUUCGACCACAGAACAAAUGUUUAAAAGAAAGGAGGGAGAAAAAAAACCACUGUGCGUUAUCUUUUCAUUCGCUAGGCAGUUAAAUGUGGCGAUGAUCAACAGGGAAAACCAGACCUGGCAAAUUGGACUGUGGAGCGUUCGGUCAUGCGACGGAUCCGCUUGGUUUGCCCUGCUGUGAUGCUUCACAACAUGAUGAGAAACAGCUACUUACAAGCACAAUAAAACUGCAGCGUCUCACUAUGAACAGACACUUACCAAAGUCACAUCUCUGGCAUUUUAUUCCAAAGCAGGAUGUAAUGUUUCACUUUUCUUACUGAUAUGUAGAUACUUGUUUACUUACUUACUUGUAGGCCUUACGGUUUAUGUCUGUCUGUCCUCGAUCACUGCCAAUUUGACCUUUUUUUCUAUUUCAUUUGCCGGUAGUACCCUCUGCUGGAACUGUUCCGGUAGUGCAGUUCUGUACAGCUCUGUAGCAAAUUUGUGGGUGUGUUCAGAUCUUAGCUAGCUUAACUACCAAGACACGUACUCAGGCAUGGGGGGGGGGGGGGGGGCGGGAGACAGCUUUAAGCUAUGUUUAUAUACUUUAAUCCGAUAGAUGUCGACGUGCUGAACAGGUUCUAACUUUAUAUUAAAAAUGCUUAUCCCUGCAGAUGAGUAUAAUAUGAAUAUGCAAAAUUGGAAGUUUAAAAAAAAAAAAAAAAAAAAAGCUAAUGAUUUAUCACAAGUUGCAAUGUCUAUGAACUACAUACAAUAUCUAGGUCAAUUUGUCACACUGUCUUGUUCGACUGCAUCUCAUUCAGUGCGUGUUUUCCCAUGGGUCUCUGUUACUAUGUAUUCACGCAUUUAUUGUUCACGACUAACAUUGUGGGCAUAUACAAGGCUAUUUUUCCAUGUAAUUGUCUGUAUUUACCAAACUGUUUCAUUUUACUGGGAGCAGGCUGCUUGUUAUGGGUAUGUGCUCAACUUGUUUGGCAUUAUAACUGUAUAAUUUAUCAUUUGUACUAUUGUAACAUAUUGUUCUGUACCUUAUUUCUUAAUGUUUUUUGUUUUUUGUAGAGAAGUCACAUGAGUAAUGUGAUGUUUUAACAUCACCUAAAUAGCAGCGACUUGCUAAAAUACCUCUAGCUGCGAAGGUAAAAAUAAACUAUCAGUCCGCCUUU